ACUCAGAGAUCUGCCUGCCUCUGCCUCCUCAGUGCUGGGGUUAAAGGUGUGGCCACCACUGCCUGGAUGUAAAAGCUCUACAUGACAAGAACACACGCAUGCAGACCAGCGGCUGCGCUGGAGAAAGCCUGAACCCAUCUUCACCGUGAGCUGCAGGCAGCUUUUCAACCUCAUGUUUGCUCUUUGUCCAGUAAGGUUUUCUUACACAUAACUUACCAGUAGUCACCAUGGUGACAGCCAGCAUUUGCUUGGUAAUGUGGCUGUCUUGAUAUUGUUUCAAGCACAGUCUUAUGUAUCCCAGGCUGACCUCACUAUUCAUUCAGCGGGGGCUAGCCUUGAACUUCUGACCCUUGCAUGUGCCACCACACCUGGUACAGGGAAUUGAACCAAAGACUUCAUGCAUGUUAGGCAAACACUGCCAACUGAGCAUGCCCAGCCUGUCUUGGUUUCUCUUGUAGAAUGCCUGUUACUCAAAUCAAGCCUGUGAUAUUGGUAAUUUUGUUUCUGUUUUACAGCCAAGGAACCUGAAGACUCACCAGAGAAGUGAGUGGAGCAAGAACUGUUCUCUACAGAGGAGUCUGCAUCUGUGCUGUCGAACCUGAGAAAGGAAGCAGAAAGCAAAUUUAAUUACCCACAUCAUGGCAAGGUACCGCCACCACUCAGGAUAUCUGGCUGAUGACGAGGCUGGUCACAACACCUACAUGACUCGGAUGCAGCUGCACAAGAAGCACCUGUUGCCAGAAAGGGGGUCAACCUGCAGACUUGGACGUGUGCCACACCUACCAUCCAUGAACCGAUACUCGGAGCACCAGGGCCACCAGCAAAAGCCUGGGCGCCCUCAGGUGUUUGGCGGCUUCCUGGAUUUCCUGACAGAGGGACAGGUACUGGAGAGCCUGCAGACAGUGGUGGAGCAGGCGACAGAGCGUUUGGCUACCACCAAGACAGAGGCCGGAGUGCCACUGGUGGAUGUACAAGACCCAUUGGAGGUGCCAAGUGGCAGGCAGCGGGCUCGAGCCAGACCCAGCAUCAACUCUGUGCGCCGGCACCGCACUCGGCCCACGCUCUGUGCUGGGCGCCCAAACAAUUACCCGUCCCGCUCCAGUUCCGUGUCCGAUGGCCAUAGCAGUAUCACAGCUGGCUGGCCGGGCUUCCACGGCCAGGACAGUAAUCCUGGUGCCCGAGGCCUAGGCUCACUGCCACCUAUGAGGGACAAACUCCUGCUUGAGAAAAACCUCAAGAGGCUACUGCGUCUGGAGAACAAAGGGAAAGGCCUGAAUCAUUCCUGCUCCCGGAGGGACUCUCUGCUGUGGGACUCACUGGGCAGCCAGACCAGCAGCCAGUGGACCCGGGAGCAGCCCCUGUCUUGGGUCACUGGGCUUUGGGGAUCCAGCUCAACCACCCCUGAAACAUCAGAGCUGGGACUCGGAGAACAGGAGAUGAUUUUCCUUAAAGAAGAGUUAAACAAGGAGAUGAAGUCACUGUUAAACCAGCCAGCAUCCUUCAACGUGCCUGCCUAUUGUUCACUCAGGGAACCCCAUUGUACCCUGGACUUCCUGGCUGAGCAUCGCCUCUUUCCUGCCCUGCAGCGUGUGGUCAGCCAGGCCGUAGACAAGCUCAGCCAUGCCUGCCGCCACGACGGCUUCCCCCUCUUCCCUGUUGCCUCGGAGCCCACCUCAAUGCUGCCUGGGAACUCUGAUCUUCUGCAGCCCGACUCUAAGGCAUCCGUACCCACCAGCAGGGAGGAUGGGGUGGAGCAGUGUGACUCUCCCACCACAGCCUCCAGCCUUAAGACAGCUCGUAAGAAAAGCAAGGGCAGACGGGAGUCCCCCUCCAUGUCUAACGCCCAGAUGACUACCAGAUUCAGGCUCAAGAGCCCUGGCACAAAGUUUCCGAGGAAGAAGCCCCUGCCGUCCAUCUCAUCUAUGUCCAGCUUGUCCUACAUCUCUAACCCCUGGUUUGAGGAGCUCACUAGCUUUUUGGUUGAGCAAGCGGUCUCUCUGCUUCUCUGCAAGCACAAGUUUGAGGAAAGCCUCACUAAGCAAGUUGGCUUCAUCUCCUUUCCUAUCACUGAGGUUCUCAUGGACAUCUUCCUGGGCUUCAAGAAGGUGAAGGGCACCCACAUCCGUUUGUCCUCAGACAUCAACUGGACCUGCCUUCUGCGCAAGUUGGAAGAAGCCGAGUUGGCAAGGCAGGCCAUGAGGCAUGCCUCCAGGUCCGCGGCCUCCCGCCCUAGUACCUCCCGUGUUGGCACCUCCCGCCAUAGCUCAGAAUCGCCCUCCGUGCAACCCAAGCUGACAGGUGACGCCCCUCAGGAUCAGAGUGCAGGGUCCCGAUUCUCCCUCCGGCCUGAGUUGCCAAUCCGCCAGCUGCUCAGCCCUCGGGAUCCCGGUAUAGGCCAGGAACAGAUGCCCAGGAGCCCUUCAGAGCCCAAGCUGUCUGUGUUCAGCGCUGGUGUGGUCUCCAGAUCCUCCCAGUCCAAGGAAGUAGUAAACACCGAAGAGCGUGAGGACAGUGAAGAGGAGGAGGACGGGGGAAGUGAAGAAGAUGAACUCAAGAAUUCCUCUGAGGAUGAGCAGCCUGAGGUUAGCCUGCCUGAGCCUGAGGUGGAGGACUUUGUCAAUGAGUCCAUCGUAAAGAGCCCCAAUGACUCCCCAUGAGACCCCUGGAAGCCACACCGAGUGCUCCCCUCUGCCUCCUCCAGCCCUAUCCCAUAGCUGGCCGCCCAGCCAGCCCCUGUCCAGUGAGGGCCAGACAAAUGUGUGCUCAGCAAGUCCUGCCGACGUUAUCAAAGGAGCAAGAGACAGGUGGAAAUAAAUGCCACGUCGAUGACACAGUUGUCUGGU